UAUAAUUGAUAAUAUCUAAUAAUUUUUAUUUCUGCUAUAUGUAUGCAUAUUUUAUAUAUAAUAUAUUCUUACAAAAAUAUAGAUAUAGAUAUGUUCUAAAUAUAUCUAAAUCAUAUUUCUCCUAAAUUAUGAAAAAUAAUUUUAACUGCAUCCACUUGCCAGUCAUAAUUCAUAACCAGAUACUUGUUAAUACAAGUAUUGGUCCUUAUCAUGAAAGUUUGGCUAUGAAAAUGUAACUAUACUCCAAAACUGAAUGACUUCCUCCAAAAAAAAUUUGCAUUCAGAUAUAAUAUCCCUGAAAUGGUAUGAUAUUCAUAUGUAGAUAAAUAUGUUUAGAUUUAGAUAAUAUACAUCCAUUUAAAAUAAUUCAAACAUUGAUAUGUAUAUAUAAACAAUACUCCAUUGUUAUCAAAUUAUAAUAUACACAAGAAAAAGAAAAAAACAAAGAGUUAAUCAUGACAAGACAAAAGGUGAAGAUGGCUUUCAUAGAAAAUGAGUCCUCAAGAAAAGCAACAUACAAGAAAAGAAAGAAAGGUAUCUUGAAGAAAGCCAACGAGUUAGCAACUCUCUGUGGCGUCCCAGUUGGUGUAAUCAUCGACAGUCCAUACGACUUGACCCCGGAGGUGUGGCCAUCGAGAGAAGAUAUGGACAAUGUUCUGUCCCAGUUGCAGAGGUUGCCGGUGAUGGACAGGACCAAGAAGAUGCUGAACCAAGAGUCUUAUCUUAAACAAAGUAUCUCCAAAGCAUCUGAGACAUGUAAGAAGCUGACCAAAGAGAACAAAGAGUUGGAGAUGAAAGAGGUAAUGUUUGAUUGUCUUAGUGGCAAGACUUCACCAUCUCGUAUUGAGAAAAAUGAUCUUGGUGCUUGUGGUAAUGUCAUUGAGCAGUACCUAAGAAAUCUUAAUCGUAGGAUUGAGAUUCUUAGUAAGAACGACGGAGCGUCUUCUUCAUCUGUUCAUGUUGUUGCUUCAACAUCUGUUGCCAUGCCUAUAGUUGAGUUGGGUUCUUCUUCAACCGCAUUUUGCGAUAUGAUUCGUCAACAGCAGAUUCAAAGUAAUAUGAAUCAGAACGUUGGGAGCUUGGAUCUGAAUCAGCAACAGUGGUGAGCAUUGGUGAACAUCCUUAGAGGUCUCUCUGACCAUGUUUCUGUUUCGUCAAGCUAUCAAUAAAAAUAUAUUUAAGCAUUUUUUUUGUUUUAUACAUGUAUUCAAUAUUCAUUGCUUUUAAACGUAAUGCAUUUUAUCUUUAAUGACAUUUCAUUUUCUCAAGUUCUAGUUCUUUGGUAAGAACCUAAAUUAUGUGAAUUUAAAUUUCAAUGGUGAAACAAGAAAAUACUAACACAAUCCAGUUAAUAGGCUAUAUGUCUAGUUGAUUAACUUCUUAUUACUCCUUAACCAAGUACAUAUAUACUUGAAAGUUAAAACUAUUUACAGCCUAAAAAACAUCAAAAUAAUACGUGUUAAAUUAAAUAAAUAUAGACCAUAUUUUUGUCUAAUACGAAACUUUGGAAUAUUACGUCUUAAAUCAAAUAAAUAUAUUUAAGCAUUUUGUCUUUUCGUUACAUGUAUUCAUUGCUUUGACAUGUAAUGUAAUUUAUCUUUAAUGGCAUUUCCAUUUUCGCAAGAACAUGAAUUAUGUGAAUUUAAUUUCCAAUGGUGAAACAACACAGUACACAAUCUAAUUAAUAUGAUAUAUCUCUUGAAUUGUCUAGUUUAUUAACUUCUUAUUAUUCCUUAACAAAGUAUGUAUAUACUUGAAAGUUGAAACUAUUUACAGCCUAAGAAACUUCGAAAUAAUAUGUGUUAAAUCAAAUGAAUAUAAGGAAGAACUAAGGAAAAAACUAAAUAAAUAAAUAAAAUAGACCAGAUCUUUGUCUUAUACGAAACUUUGGAAUAAUAUGUCUUAAAUCACAUAAAUAUAUUUAAGCAUUUUGUGUUUUAGUUACAUGUAAGUAAUGUAUUUUAUCUUGAAUGGCAUUUCAUUUUUUCUAGUUCUUUGGCAAGAACAUUAAUUAUGUGAAUUUAAAUUCCAGUGGUGAAACAACACAAUACUAAAACAAUCCAAUUAAUAGGCUGGCUAUAUGUCUUGAUUUGUCUAGUUGAUUAACUUAUUACUACUUAACCAAGUAUAUACUUGAAAGUUGAAACUAUUUACAGCCUAAGAAACUUCAAAAAUAAUAUGUGUUAAAUCAAAUAAAUAAAAGGAAAAAAUAAGGAAAAAGUUCAAAAAAAUAAAAAUUAAUAAAAUAGACCACAAUUUUGUCUUAUGGAAAAUUUUGGAAUAAUACGUUUUAAAUCAAAUAAAAAUAAGGAAAAUUUCCAAUAAAAAAAGUUAGUAUUAUUGCAUUGUUCUGCAGAAUUUUUUUACUGAAAUCUAAGUUCUCAAGUCGUCCUCUUUUUUUCUUUUGGUUACAUUUGUAUUACUAAAAAUCUGGUAGUCCUUAGCAAAGUCCAAAGAAACAUCAUGUUAGUUGAUAUAUUUACAUUUUUCAAUUUGAUAGAAAGUGGUUAACACGUGAAUGCUAUAUUUCAGCAACAAUCAGUCUUCUUUUUGCUUUUACAGUGUGCGGUAGAACUUCUUUAUUCCGAUCCUCUUUAUUCAUCUAAUUAUUAAUUCCAUAUGAUUCGGCAACUAUGUAAAUAGAUACUCCAAGGAAAGAAAUCAAAUAGCAGACAAAAAGCUGAAAAUGAAAUAAAAACGAUAGUAGAAAAAAGAAGAAGAGAUUUUAGAUGGUUGGUUCUAAUACGAAAGACACGAAGGGAGUGAUGUCUUGUCCAUUUUGACAGAAAAUGUUUCAAAACCAAAUUGAUGGGCUUGACUUGAUCUUCAAAUAAUGAACCUGUUUAUUCCGAUUUUAGAACAACUUUGGUAUACAAUUUAUAGCCUACUUACACUCUAGGUUUUGUCUUGUGUUUCUUCUAGGUCUAAGCAUAUAUAUAUAUAUAUAUAUCCUAUUAAAGAAUCUAUAGAUCAAAUCUUUAAGUAAGAGAUAUCACUACUAUUCUUGGAUGAUCACGUGUCUUGGUUUUUCAAAAAUGUAUCGUGUUUAAUUUGAACGGAUGGUUACUAACAUUGAUCGAGCAAUUACAUUACUAUUCGAGUUUGUUAUUGACUGGGACAUGUAAAAAUGUAUGAUAAAUUAUACUUUUUGCCAAAUGAAUAUAUUUUACCAACAGCCGACAAAAAAAAGAAUAUAUUUUACCAACAAAACAACAUGAUGAAUAUUUACUAGUGUACCUAUAUUUUAUAAGAAUGAUUUAUUUAGAAAUUUAGUUAAAUUGUUUACGUUAAAAUCGAUUUCAUAUAUUUGUAUACACCAAAAAGAUCAGUUUCAUAUACGAAAACAUUUAAUUUACCAAAUACGUAAUGCAUCCCUAAAGUUGACUUUCAUCAGUGAAUUGACUAUGGAGUAUAAUCAACUAUUACAUGGUCUUCGCUAGAUGAAGUUAUAUAAUUUUUAAGAUAAUAAUUGAUCACGAAAUUUUUGCAAUGUUAUUAGGUUAGUUCCACUGAUGAUCCACUUUAGUAACAAUUUGACAUUUUGAAUUAGACCCAGCUCAAAACAAAUUGUUUUGUGUCAAAAACUACAUAAUUAGUAAAGGUACGCACCAUAUUACAGAUAUCUUAUAUUAUAGAUAUCUUAUAAUUAGUAAAGGUACGCACCUUUUAAAUUUCUUAGUGAUAUAUUUUAAUAUAUUUCAAAGAAAAUUUGAUAUUAUUAUUUUAUUGUCAAUUAAAUUUUCUUGAUAUAAUUAUAUAUCUUUCAUUUGUUGGGACUUGCAAGCUAACAAGAAUCCAACCCAUAAAAAGUGAAUAAGCUAUAGAUUUGACAUUUUGACUGUAAUUACUAAGAAAUAUUUUUGUCAGUUUAUGUGUGGCUUUCGAUCAUCAUGCAUUGUGCGUUGUUGAUGUGAUCAACAAAUCGAGUAAAACCUACCUUUAGUUGUUCUCUUUAUGAUUAUAACAUCAAUUUUAUUGUUCAUGCUCCUGAAUUUGUUGUGUUUAUAUUACGGCUAGAUUCCGUCGUUCGAUUAUAAGUUAACUUUGGUAUGUUUCGGUUUAAAAAAUACCGGAUUUUUCAAUGCGAAUGGUUGGCCCUGGUUUGGGCCUAUCGAUAUUUUUCCCGAAAUUCUUUAUGUUCAACCGGAAAAAAUACCGUUGAACCAAAUAGUAACAGACCGGGUUGGUAUACUUGACAGAUGUAAACGAGAAGAAAGAACAUAUACAGGAAACCA